CUACAAGUCCGGAAGUUGCGUUUCUACUAGGGAAAGGUCCACAAACUCUUAAGGUCACUUUCUGAAGCCGGCCUCAGGACAGUCGGAGGUAUCAUGAUAUUAGCUGGUUUGACAUCAAGCCAUUUGUGAGUCAUUAGAUCUUCUCCUGAAAAUGGGAGACACAGUAGGGCCCCUCCCAGGAGCUCUUGGCUGUUGCUGAUGGCAGAAACCAAGCUUGUCCAAGGUUCACUUGUAGCCCCACAGCAUCAGCUCAGCUGGUGUCGUCCUGACCAUGGACGGCGCGUCAGCCGAGCAAGAUGGCCUCCAGGAGGACAGAUCCCACAGUGGCCCCUCGGCUCUCCCCGAGGCCCCCCUGAAGCCCCCGGGCCCACUGGUGCCACCUGACCAGCAGGACCCACUGGUGCCACGUGACCAGCAGGACAAAGCCCAUCGUGCCGAGGUAAACAGAGCUUCCACGGAAGGAGAAAGCCCGGAUGGACCUGGCCAGGGAGGCCUCUGUCAGAACGGGCCAACGCCACGCUUCCCAGAUCCUCCGUCAUCUCUCGAUCCCACCACAAGCCCAGUGGGCCCUGAUGCCUCUCCAGGUGUGGCUGGUUUCCAUGACAACCUAAGGAAGUCUCAGGGAACUAGUGCUGAGGGCAGUGUUAGAAAAGAAGCUUUGCAGUCUCUCAGACUCAGUCUUCCUAUGCAAGAAACGCAACUGUGCUCUACAGAUUCUCCCCUGCCCCUGGAGAAGGAGGAGCAGGUCCGACUUCAGGCUCGGAAGUGGCUGGAAGAGCAGCUCAAACAGUACAGGGUGAAGCGCCAGCAGGAGAGGUCCAGUCAACCUGCAACCAAAACGAGACUUUUUAGCACGCUUGAUCCUGAGCUCAUGUUAAACCCAGAAAACUUACCAAGGGCCAGUACCCUGGCUAUGACAAAAGAAUAUUCCUUCCUGCGCACCAGUGUCCCUCGGGGGCCGAAGGUGGGCAGCCUGGGGCUUCCGGCACAUCCUAGGGAGAAAAAAAGUUCCAAAUCAAGCAAAAUCCGGUCUCUGGCCGAUUACAGAACUGAAGAUUCAAAUGCUGGGAAUUCCGGGGGAAAUGUCCCGGCUCCCGAUUCUACCAAGGGUUCCCUGAAGCAGAACAGAAGCAGCGCGGCGUCCGUCGUGUCUGAGAUCAGCCUGUCCCCCGACACUGACGACCGUCUGGAGAACACCUCCCUGGCUGGAGACAGCGUGUCUGAGGUGGAUGGAAAUGACAGCGACAGCUCAUCGUACAGCAGCGCCUCCACCCGAGGGACCUAUGGCGUUCUGUCAAAGACGGUGGGCACGCAGGACACCCCCUAUAUGGUCAACGGCCAGGAGAUUCCUGCGGAUACCCUGGGCCAGUUCCCCUCGAUUAAGGACGUCCUCCAGGCCGCAGCCGCUGAGCACCAAGACCAGGGGCAGGAGGUCAAUGGGGAGGUGCGGAGUCGGAGAGACAGCAUCUGCAGCAGCGUGUCCUUGGAGAGCUCUGCAGCAGAAACACAGGAGGAGAUGCUGCAGGUUCUCAAAGAGAAAAUGCGACUCGAAGGACAGCUGGAAGCCUUGUCACUGGAGGCGAGUCAGGCACUUAAAGAGAAGGCUGAGCUGCAGGCCCAGCUGGCUGCCCUCAGCACGAAGCUGCAGGCGCAGGUGGAGUGCAGCCACAGCAGCCAGCAGCGGCAGGACUCACUGAGCUCGGAGGUGGACACUUUGAAGCAGUCGUGCUGGGACCUGGAGCGAGCCAUGACCGACCUGCAGAACAUGCUGGAGGCAAAAAAUGCCAGCCUGGCGUCGUCCAACAACGACUUGCAGGUGGCUGAGGAGCAGUACCAGAGGCUCAUGGCCAAGGUAGAGGACAUGCAGAGGAGCAUGCUCAGCAAGGACAACACAGUGCACGACCUGCGACAGCAGAUGACAGCCUUGCAGAGCCAGCUUCAGCAGGUGCAGCUGGAGCGGUCGACGCUGACCAGCAAGCUGAAGGCGUCGCAGGCGGAGAUCUCGUCCCUGCAGAGUGUCCGGCAGUGGUACCAGCAGCAGCUUGCCCUGGCACAGGAGGCCCGCGUCAGGCUGCAGGGUGAGAUGGCCCACAUCCAGGUUGGACAGAUGACCCAGGCAGGUCUCCUGGAGCACCUGAAACUCGAGAAUGUGUCCCUGUCCCAGCAGCUGACGGAAACUCAGCACAGGUCCAUGAAGGAGAAGGGGCGCAUUGCGGCACAGCUGCAGGGCAUUGAGGCUGACAUGUUGGAUCAGGAAGCAGCCUUCAUGCAGAUUCAGGAGGCAAAGACGAUGGUGGAGGAGGACCUCCAGAGGAGGCUGGAAGAGUUUGAAGGCGAGAGGGAGCGGCUGCAGAGGAUGGCGGACUCGGCGGCAUCCCUGGAGCAGCAGCUGGAGCGGGUGAAGUUGACUUUGCUCCAGCGAGACCAGCAGCUUGAGGCUUUGCAGCAGGAGCACCUGGACCUGAUGAAACAGCUCACCUUGACUCAGGAGGCUCUGCAGAGCAGGGAGCAGGCCCUCGAUGCUCUGCAGACACACUACGACGAGCUGCAGGCCAGGCUGGGGGAGCUGCAGGGUGAGGCCGCCUCCAGGGAGGACACGAUCUGCCUCCUGCAGAACGAGAAGAUCGUCUUGGAGGCGGCUCUGCAGGCAGCCAAGAGUGGCAAGGAGGAGCUUGAGAGAGGAGCAAGACGCUUGGAAGAAGGUACCGAGGAAACGUCGGAAACUUUAGAGAAGUUAAGAGAAGAAUUAGCCAUCAAAUCCGGCCAGGUGGAACACCUGCAGCAGGAGACUGCCGCUCUGAAAAAGCAAACGCAAAAAAUAAAGGAACAGUUUCUUCAACAAAAGGUGAUGGUGGAGGCCUACCGGCGCGACGCCACCUCCAAAGACCAGCUCAUCAGUGAGCUGAAAGCCACCAGGAAGAGGCUGGACUCGGAGCUGAAGGAGCUGCGGCAGGAGCUGAUGCAAGUGCACGGGGAGAAGCGGGCCACGGAGGCGGAGCUCUCGCGCCUGCACAGAGAGGCGGCCCAGGUCCGUCAGCAGAUGGCGGACCUUGAAGGGCAUCUCCAGUCGGCACAGAAGGAGCGAGACGAGAUGGAAACACACUUGCAGUCAUUGCAGUUCGAUAAGGAGCAGCUGGUCGCGGUCACAGAGGCCAAUGAGGCGCUGAAGAAACAAAUCGAAGAGUUGCAACAAGAAGCCCGGAAGGCCAUCACGGAACAGAAGCAGAAGAUGAGGCGGCUGGGCUCAGACUUGACCAGCGCCCAGAAGGAGAUGAAGACCAAACAUAAGGCCUACGAGAACGCCGUGGGCAUCCUCAGCCGCCGCCUGCAGGAGGCCCUCGCGGCCAAGGAGGCUGCGGACGCGGAGCUGGGCCAGCUCCGAGCCCAGGGUGGCAGCAGUGACAGCAGCCUGGCUCUACAUGAAAGGAUCCAGGCCCUGGAGGCGGAGCUGCAGGCUGUCAGUCAUAACAAGACGCUGCUGGAAAAGGAACUGCAGGAGGUCAUCGCGCUGACCAGCCAGGAGCUGGAGGAGUCCCGGGAGAAGGUGCUGGAGCUGGAGGACGAGCUUCAAGAAUCCAGAGGCUUUAGGAAGAAGAUAAAACGCCUCGAGGAGUCAAAUAAGAAGUUGGCUCUUGAAUUAGAGCACGAGAAAGGGAAGCUUACGGGCCUCGGACAGUCCAACGCAGCUCUGCGGGAACACAACAGCAUCCUAGAAACAGCUUUGGCCAAGAGGGAGGCAGACCUAGUCCAGCUGAACCUUCAGGUGCAGGCGGUUUUGCAGCGCAAAGAAGAGGAGGAUCGCCAGAUGAAGCAUCUUGUCCAGGCCCUGCAGACUUCACUAGAGAAGGAGAAGGAGAAGGUGAACAGCCUCAAGGAGCAGGUGGCCGCUGCCAAGGUGGAAGCCGGGCAUAACCGCCGCCACUUCAAGGCGGCCUCCUUGGAGCUGAGUGAGGUGAAGAAGGAGCUGCAGGCCAAGGAACACCUGGUGCAGAAGCUGCAGGCCGAGACCGACGACCUUCAGAUUCGGGAGGGGAAACAUUCCCAGGAGAUAGCACAGUUCCAAGCAGAGCUGGCCGAGGCCCGGGCGCAGCUCCAGCUCCUGCAGAAGCAGCUGGACGAGCAGCUCAGCAAACAGCCUGUGGGAAACCAAGAGAUGGAAAAUCUCAAAUGGGAGGUGGAUCAGAAAGAAAGAGAAAUCCAGUCCUUGAAGCAGCAGCUGGACUUGACGGAGCAGCAGGGCAGGAAGGAACUGGAAGGGCUACAGCAGCUGCUGCAGAAUAUCAAGUCUGAGUUGGAGAUGGCCCAGGAAGAUCUGUCCAUGACCCAGAAGGAUAAAUUUAUGCUCCAGGCAAAAGUGUCUGAGCUGAAGAACAACAUGAAGACCCUGCUCCAGCAGAACCAGCAGCUCAAGCUGGACCUACGCCGCGGCGCGGCCAAGACGAGAAAGGAGCCGAAAGGCGAGGCCGGCUCUUCCAACCCUGCCACGCCCAUCAAGAUCCCGGACUGCCCAGUUCCCGCCUCGCUGCUGGAGGAGCUGCUGAGGCCACCGCCCGCCGUGAGCAAGGAGCCCCUCAAGAACCUGAACAGCUGCCUCCAGCAGCUCAAGCAGGAGAUGGACAGCCUGCAGCGCCAGAUGGAGGAGCACACCCUGACGGUACACGAGUCUCUGUCCUCGUGGACUCCGGUGGAGCCAGCCACUGCCAGCCCUGCGCCCCCUGGGGGUCACGCCGGCCCACGCAGCGACGCACAGAGACACAGUCAGAGCAGGGCUUCCAAAGAAGGGCCGGGAGAGUGACUGCUGCGGACUGGCCUCCGUGUGCCGCUGCCCCAGAAUGCUCCUUAUCAACGUUAUUUAUUUGAUUGUGUGGUCGAUGUUUUUCUAAGACAUGAAAUUUAAGUUUUGUUUUGCCUUUAACAAGGAGUAAAAUAUAUAACAGAAUGAGAGCCAAGGAUUAGAAAAACAUUCGAAGAUCACAAUUAGCUUUUCCCGUGGAAUGACGAACUCUUCAAAGCCUAAUAGGCUCUCGGCGAGGAGCUCUGAACGUGUCUGAAGGGUUACUUGUAGGACGUGUCUUCUGAGCGGCCACCGAUGCGGCUCUCUGUGGGUGACAGGGAGAGGCUGCGUAGCUGGGAGAAGCUGCAUGACAGGGUCUGUGGCACCGCGCCUGGCCAGGCUGGCUGCAGUUUCUCACUUCCCGGUUCCAUUCAGUAAGAGCUUUACUUUUCUGCAGAAAUGAAAUUUUAUUUGUACCUUUGGCUUUUUACUUGUUUUUUUGGAUAGCCAUCCCACCAUAGGAUGUGUACAUAGAUACUGAAGAUCAUAACCCAAUCUUUGUUUUUUUUUCUUUUUUUUUUUUUUUUUUUUUUGAGACAGAGUCUCGCUUUGUUGCCCAGGCUGGAGUGCAGUGGCGCACUCUCAGCUCACUGCAAGCUCCGCCUCCCAGGUUCAUGCGAUUCUCCUGCCUCAGCCUCUCGAGUAGCUGGGAUUACAGGCGUGCGCCACUAUGCUAGGCUAAUGUUUGUAUUUUUAGUAGCGAUGGGGUUUCACCAUGUUGGCCAGGAUGGUCUCGAUCUCCUGACCUCAAGUGAUCUGCCCAUCCCAGCCUCCCAAAGUGCUGGGAUUACAGGCGUGAGCCACUGCGCCCGGCCUGUAACCCAAUCUUUAAGAAGCAUAUGCUCAUAUUAUUUAAGAAGAACCUACUUAUUAUUGAUUGCCUUUUGAAAAUUUGUUGGGAAUAACUUACCUGUAGGAUUUAGGGAUGUCAGAAAAUUCUAUUCUAAGAAAUAUAAUUAUUUUAUUUACCUUCUAAAGCCAAAUAUUCUUACACAGAAAGGUCCUCUGUUGUUCUGGUUUUACUUUGUUGCUGAGGAUCUUUCCUUCCUGCUGGUUUCUUCCUCACAGGCCACUGGCCCUGUGUGAUUCCACUGUGGCUGGCCACCGGGAAGGGGCAGCUUGGACCCUUGGUCAGGCCUGACGGCCAUCAGGAGGCACAAGGACACUGAGGCCCCGUAUCUGAUCUGACCUUUGGGGGGCACAGGGAGAGGCCAGAGGGAGAGGAAGGAGGGUGGAGGAGGAGGAGGAGAGUGGGCCCGGGGCUCCCUGCAGCGACUCCUGCGAUUUCCCCUGGAGUCAGCCAGGCGUAGAUUGCAGGCGGUAACAAGCCUCACGCUUCUGUUCCCCAAGUGAAAAUCUUUACCAGUGUUUUUGGGAGCGCCUGUACUCUCGUGUGUAGGAGCACCUGUACUCGUGUAGUCAUCAGGAGAAGUCCUGGAUCCUUUGUGGUUACACCAGCAUCGUGUGGCGAGCAGAGGCGAUUUCUGGAAGAGACAGGCAGGCAUCGUGAGGAAGGUGGCUGUGCUCUCCCAGCAUGUUUCAGAAACAGAUGCCUUAUUUAAAAUCAGCACUACAUGUGUGAGAUCUUCUGUUCCCACCCCAAAUCCUGAAACACUGCAGACACUGGCUGACUGGGAGAGUUGGGGUCUGUAAGUUGUCCCCUAGUUUGCUAAGAAAAUCGAAAAUAAUAUUUAUUGUAUGAGUUAGGAGAGAGAGAAUGGGUCCGCGUGGCCUCCUUUGCAGAUGUACUGGUCUGAAACGAGGUUCUGAGUCACUGGCCAGGCCAGAUGUGCUCAUGUCCGUGUCUUGUGUCUGUUUUGUGGAGAAAACAGUAUGGUGUGUUUUAAGCUAUUUGUGUUCUGUUGUAAUAUACUUUUAGAAGGCUAAUUGGUAAGGUUAAGGUAGCAUUAACCACAAAGAUGUUUGGUAUUUAAAAAAUAUUAUCUAGCAAAUAUUGGAAGUUCCAAAAUAUAUAUAUCAUUUGUACAGGGUUAAUUUUGAAAUAAUGCUUGAAGAUUUCAUUAUAAAUAUAUCCUACUUUUUAUCUUAAGUUGAAGAUGUUAUUUACUAAAUUGUUCUUGUACCAUUAGAAAAAAAAAUAUGGCAAUUUACUUUCUUA